CUCCUUUUCUUCGAGCUAUAUUCCCCUGUUUUAUUUGGGAGUCUGUAUCUGUCCCUUUCUUUUUCGAUGUCUCAACGAAGGCAAUUCCAAAUGGUGGGUGGUAGCAAUCCAGGGCUGUUCAAUGACGCGACUUUUACGAAAAUCUUUGUUGGUGGAUUGGCAUGGGAAACUCAAAGAGAUACCAUGAGUGGUUAUUUUGGGCAAUUUGGAGAGAUUCUCGAGGCUGUUGUGAUCACAGAUAAGAAAACUGGAAGAUCCAAGGGAUAUGGCUUUGUUACGUUUAAGGAUCCAGAGGCAGCUACGAGAGCAUGUCAAAACCCUUCCCCUAUCAUUGAUGGAAGGCGAACCAACUGCAAUCUCGCUGCAUUGGGUACUCAAAGGACUCCACCAAUUUCUCAACAUGGUUUCUUUCUUUCUUCCCUUCCCUUCACAUAUCUUUUUAGCAUUGGUAGUGGAAGACCAAUUAAAUACAGGGGGCAGGACAGUUUGGACCAGCUCCAGAUCCAGGAUUGA